ACGUCUUCACAAGGCUUCUACAGUCCAAGACCGUGACCAUGGCCCGUCUCUUUGUUGCCUGCGUGCUCGCCGCGUCCGUGGCCUGCGGGGCCUCCUACCAGCAGAGCGUGCAGUGGGGCGGUGGACCGAUGGGUGGAGGCUUUGGUUCAAGCAGCGGUGGCAGCCUCGGCGGGGGGCUCGGCGGCGGCCUCGGCGGCAGCCUAGGCGGCUUCGGCGGUUCCGGCGGAAUGGGCAGUUCUGGCUCCGGCAGUGGCGGCUUCGGUUCCAGCUUCGGCGGUUCCGGCGGAAUGGGCAGUUCUGGCUCCGGCAGUGGCGGCUUCGGUUCCAGCUUUGGAGGUGCCGGCGGCGGCCUCAGCUCACAGGGUUAUGGAAGCGGUGGAUACAUUGGGUCCCAGGCAGGACCUUCUUACAGUGGAUUAGGAGGUGGUUCAGGCAGUGGAAGCGGUCUCGGCGGACUCGGCGGCGGUCUCAGCGGACUCGGUGGCGGUCUCAGCGGACUCGGCGGUGGACUCGGUGGUGGACUCGGCAGUGGACUCGGCAGUGGACUCGGCAGUGGACGCGGCAGUGGACUCGGCGGCGGACUUGGUGGAGGACUCGGCAGUAGACUCGGCGGCGGACUGGGCGGUGGACUCGGCAGUGGACUCGGCGGUGGACUCGGCGGUUCCGGCUACGGCAGUGGCGGCUAUGGUUCUGGCUCUGGCUACGGUUCCGGUUCUGGCCUCAGCUCACAAGGUUUCGGAAGCGGUGGAUUCUUUGGGUCGAAUGGAGGACCUUCUUACAGCGGAUUUGGAGGGGGUUCCGGCAGCUUCGGUGGCCAGAGACAGCAACUGAUGCAACAGCGUCUGUGAACACCAUGAAGAGCAAGGAAAAGAGAAACCGUGGGGAGAUGCUGGCUGCAGUAUAAUAAAACAACUUCGGUCUCAGACCGAGAGAAAUGCA